AUGCGUGAAGCUAAGAAAGUUUACUACAAAAGCAAAUUUGACAAACAUCAAAACAAUCCAAAACAGGCUUGGAGGACGAUUAAUGAUAUCCUUAGGAGAAAAAAGAAGGACACAAUGAUUAACGAAUUAAAGCUAGGAAAUGAUACAAUUACUUCUCCUGUGAGAAUGGCUAAUUGUCUUAAUGACUAUUUUACAAGUAUUGGUG